UCCCAUCUUUGAAGCACCACGCAACGAUGACUGCUCUCGCCAACCCGAUUGUUUCUAACAGAAAUCCUCGAAUCCAUUCCUUAAAUGGUUCCUCUCUGAAGCCAGUAGACCAGUUUGUUCUGAAUGGUAGCCCCAGCAGAAUAACUCUUCUUCCUAUUCAUCAGAGGAAGGAAAAACUUUCAGCUCAUAAAAGGCUAUUUACAGUUCAGGCAGCAUAUAGUGAUGGUGGAAAAUCAAGCAGUGCAAGUAUCUUUAUUGGUGGCUUCGUAUUGGGAGGCAUAGUGGUUGGAACACUAGGCUGCAUAUAUGCACCUCAGAUCAGCAAGGCAUUAGCUGGAGCUGACAGAAAAGAUUUGAUGAGGAAGCUUCCGAAAUUUAUAUAUGAUGAAGAAAAAGCUUUGGAGAAGACACGAAAGAUAUUAACAGAGAAGAUUGCACAGCUGAACUCAGCCAUUGAUGAUGUUUCAUCUCAGCUCCGCGCAGAAGACACCCCAAAUGGAGUGGCCGUGGCCUCAGACGAAAUUGAAGCCGUUAUUUGAAGGCCUGCCAUUUAUUUUAUAAGAGUAUCCAAUAACAUUUUGAAUCUUAAUAUAGUCAGAAGGCAACUUUUGGUGCUAGUAAUCUCUAUUUUUCUUGUUGACCUU